AUGACACAGGUUAUUUUACUUAAUUGGGUCGAACCAUCGGGCACCUCGAAAGGGGGGGAAAGUAACAGAAGCCAGAAUUCCCAGAGGACAUUCAUCACCGCUGAAAGAGUGUCUGAUGGAGGCGGAAAAGAGCAGUACCAGAAGCUCCGCCGCUUUCUGAUCGUUAAAGCCUUUAAAGGGCAUUGCUUGUGUUUGUGAGUGUUCAACAAAUUUACCAUCAAAAUCCAAUACCAAUUAAGAAUGUGACAGGCCUAUCAAUACCUACAGCGGCCAAGGGGUAAACAAGCACGGCGUCCAUGCAGACAAUCAUGCGGUAAUAUAUUCUUCGGAAACUGGACCAGUUCUUUUGCCUGGUGAAGAAUCAAAAUUAACGCGGCCGGCGAUUAUGAUGGUGCCUUCACUUCCACAAAACAAGUUGCAUGAUGCGUCGCGAUUGAACUAUGCCAAGGUCUACACCAUCGAAUAUAACGUCAAAGUGAGGUUCAUCGGAAGGAUCCAUGCCAACAGUGUUUACCAUGUUGCAGCCGCAUUUAACGAAAUUCAUACCUCCUUGAAGCCGUUUGAUGGGGCAAUCGACACUUCUUCCACGGGAGACUCUAGUCAAUCAUCGCGGAGGGAGCUCUGUGGUAGAUGA